AGAGUGAGAGCGGGGCUGUCGGAUGGAGAAUGAGGAUUUCCCUCCCAUUUCAGCUGCAGCACACGGUCUGUGCUUUCACCUCCUGGAGCGAUCCCCGUUCCUGAUGUGGGCAGCGUCUCAAACCUGCAGCUCUUGGUGUCAAACCCCUGUGUGUCUGCCUUUCAGUCUCCCGGUAACUGGUGACACUCUCACGGUUUCACAUUUAAUUGGGUGUUUUUUUCUGAUACGAACCAAUCAUUCCCCUCUCUGUUUGAGUUGGAGGAAGUGAUCAAAUUUCCGUCCAACUUGGAGAAUGGACUCACUACAGACGUUUUUCUUUGUCAAAUCCAGUCCAUUAUCAGCAGCUUUUACCCCAAUCCGUUUUUGAUGGGAAUAGGGAGAGUGGAUUCCCAGAAUGUUGCUGAUCCUUCUCUCCCUCUCCCUGUGCUUUUCCCGGGUCUCUCCCGGGACUAAUGUAAUCACUGUGAUUUACACAGUUGUUUCUGGAAUUAAGGAUUUUCCUGAGAUUACAAACAGUGCAACGGUCAAUGGAGUUAUAACAGCUUCUCGUGACAGUAAAACCCAACAGUGCAUCCCCAGACAGCAGUUCAUGGCAGAAUCCUUCAAUGUGAAUUUCUGGGAUUAUCUCACAGAUCGGGUAAAAAUACGUGCAAACAUAGCAAAGGAAACAAUGAGUGCAGUAAUGAAGAGGACAAACCAGACAUCUGUUCAGCCUAAAGUGUUCAUCUCCAGGAGGGAGCCCAAUGGUCAGGACAAGCCGCUCACUCUCUCCUGCCUGGUCACUGGGUUUUAUCCUGUAGACAUCGAGGUGACCUGGCUAAGGAAUGGAGAGGUCAUGUCUGAGACCCAAUCCUCGAGGGUUCGACCGAACCACGAUGGGACCCAUCAGAUCCAGAAAGAGAUUGAGAUCAAUGCUGGGGAUGAGGAUCAAUACUCCUGUCAAAUUGAACACAGCAGCCUGGCAGAGGGCAAGCUCUAUCAGUGGGCUGCAGAAGCAGAAAAAUGGAACAAGUGCAAAGUGAUGACCCGGUCCCAGUGA